CUCGUCUCCGUCUACCAAACAAACAGCCUGUUUACGCUCCGUCCGCAUCUCAAAAGAACCAGCAGAUCAAAAAUCAAAACAAAUACCUUAAAAAGGGAAAACAAAAUUCAAAAAAAAUGAGCGUAAUCGACAUUCUAACUCGAGUCGACGCGAUCUGUCACAAGUACGACAAGUACGACGUCGAGAAGCACCGCGGCGAUCCCAACGUCUCCGGCGACGAUGGGUUCGCUCGCCUCUACUCCUCCGUCGAGGCCGAUAUCGAGGCCGCUCUCGAGAAAGCGGAGUUGGCGACUCGGGAGAAAAAUAGGGCGUCGGCGGUGGCGCUGAAUGCGGAGAUCCGGCGGACGAAGGCGAGGUUGAUGGAGGAAGUUCCCAAAUUGCAGAGAUUGGCGCUUAAAAAGGUUAAAGGACUUUCAAAAGAAGAACUUGCUGCUAGAAAUGAUUUGGUUCUAGCACUGCCAGAAAGGAUUCAGUCCAUACGCGAUGGGACUGCAACUGCAGCAAAACAGGGUGGAGGUUGGGGAGGUUCAGCUUCUCGAACAGAGAUCAGAUUUGACUCAACUUCAGAUGGCAAAUUUGAUAGCGAGUACUUUCAGCAAACUGAAGAAUCAUCUCAGUUUAGGCAAGAGUAUGAGAUGCGCAAAAUAAAACAGGAUCAAGGCUUGGAUGUCAUUGCUGAAGGAUUGGAUACGCUGAAAAAUAUGGCCCAUGACAUGAAUGAGGAAAUGGACAGGCAAGUUCCAUUAAUGGAUGAGAUUGACAGCAAGGUUGACAGGGCUAAUGCAGACCUGAAAAAUACAAAUGUGAGACUUAAAGAUACUGUUAACCAGCUGAGAUCGAGUCGGAACUUCUGCAUAGAUAUAAUCCUCCUUUGCAUAAUUCUUGGCAUUGCUGCUUAUCUCUACAAAUUGCCAAACACCCCCUAAAUGAAUGAAUGAAUGAAUGAAGGGGUAGAGGAGUUGGGUGAAGUCCAUGACCCAUCAUGGUGUAAUCAACUUUUUGUGCUGGAGUUACCAACUCAAAUGAAAAAGGUUUUCCACCUUC